UUUCGUCCCGUGUGUGUGUGCGUGUGUGUUGUGUUGCUGAACAAAACUCCACACUGAUCGAUUUCAAAACCCAGUUUCUCUUAAAUUUCCGUGUGGUUAUCUUGUUUACCUCAGAAAAAUGGGAUACCUCUCCAAGUUAUGCGAAAUUCUCCUGGACUAUACCUGAUCAACAUGUUCGAACACGUUUGAAUCUGUACCUGUGUAAUUAUCUUGAUCUGAUCAUUUCCCUGUACACGCGCACAUUGUCAUUGGCAAAAUGAGUGGGGACCAGCAGCAGGAACCCGCGGGGUAUUUCACCCACUACAAUUCCUCCACCGGCCAGGAAGUGGAGAUAUCGCGGCUGCGCAUCAACGGCUGUGUGCCCGUCAUCACGACGACGGCGUAUGUCAACGGAGGGACGGAGCCCGGGAGUGGCGGAGGCGGCCCGAACGGGCCCAAUUCCACGGGCACCACCGUGUCGGAGACGAAGAAGAUGGGCAAAUUCAAGUUCCUCACCAUUAAGGAUGUCAAUGAGGGCAAUUCAGAGAAUGUCAAUUCAGAUCCCAACGAGCCGCACAGCCAGCGCUCCAGCUCCAACGAGCGCUCCUCGGCCUCCCCGCCGCGCAAGCCCUCCUUCUCCUCCUUCAUCAACCUCCCGCCGCCGCCGCCGCCCGUCAUGCGGCACUCCCCAGCCCCCGAGAACAGCUUCGGCAUCCCGGGGCCCCUCCUCCUGGACAGCGGCGGCCAACCGGCCCCGCCCCGUCGCCUAACGGAGGAAGACUACAUCCAGAAGCGCGUGGAGGACCUGCUGAAGAUGACCAGCUCCACGGAGGUGGAGGAGGCGCCCGUGGAGGACGAGGAGGAGGAUGAUGAUGAAUUUGAGCAGCGGCUGGAGCAGAUUAUGGCCGAGGAUGUCAUGAUACGGAAAAAGGGGGGACGGGGACGGAAGAAGGGCAGUCGUGGACCGGUGGCGCGCAAACGGGCGUCCUCCGUGCGCAAAGGGUCGGUGAAGAAGGAGGAGGUGCCGGUUGUGGUGGUGGUGGCGCCCCCGCCGCCGCCUGCGGUGGAAGUCAACGGGCAAAUGGGCGUGGUGGAGGCGCCGGCCGCCCCGGUGCCCAAAAAGCGCGGACGGAAACCGAAAGCGAAGAGUGUGACGACGAGCAGUACGGACUCCCCGGUGAGCAGUGUGGCGACCGUGGCGGGCCGCAGCACCACCACGACGACGACGGAGGUGGGCGUGACGCCGGCCAGUGAGGACACGGUGUCGCACACCUCGGAGGUGGAAUCCCGCGACGCCGACGAGCCGGGCGACGCACACGGCCCGCGCAAACUCAAGUCGCGCUGGGCCGAGCUGGUCUGCGCCGAUCCGGUCGCUACGCAGGUCAGAGUGGAACUCCUGUCCGCCGCCGACACCCGCACACCGCCCGCGUCCGCCAAAACCGCCAAGGCUCAGGAUUACGCCGCGCCCGGCGAAACGCCGCCGCCCUAUGAGUUUAUUUCCGACUGCAUUCGCCUGUCGCGGCAUGAGUUCCGCGAGGAUCGGGAAGCGCGGAAGAUGCGCUGCGAGUGCGUGUACACGGAGGAGGACCGGCAGGCGGGGGCGCGCGGCUGCCUGGAGCACUGCCUCAACCGCAUGCUGUACAUUGAGUGCGGGCCCAAAUGCCCCGCCAAGGACCACUGCGCCAAUAAACGCUUCCAACGGAGGGAGUACGUCAAAUUGAAAGUAUUCAAAACCGAGAUGAAGGGAUGGGGCAUCCGCACCGAGACCAAACUUGCCGCGAAUCAGUUUAUUUGUGAGUAUGUGGGGGAGAUUCUGGAUGAGCGUCAGUUCAAGAAGCGGCAGAAGGAGUACCACAAGGAGAACAUCCAGCACCACUACUUCAUGGCGCUGAACAACGAGGAGGUCAUCGACGCCACGAAGAAGGGCAACUUCACGCGCUUCACCAACCACAGCUGCGAUCCCAACAGCGAGACGCAGAAGUGGACGGUGAACGGGCAGCUGCGCAUCGGGUUCUUCACGCUGCGCGCGGUGAGCGCCGGGGAGGAGAUUACCUUUGAUUACCAGUUUGAGCGCUACGGGAAGAAGGCGCAGCGCUGCUACUGCGGCAGUCCGUUGUGCCGCGGGUUUAUUGGAUCUGUCGGGGAGGAGAAGCGGAAGAUGGCUAAAGGAGAGAUUAGCGAUCGCAAGAUGGUGUCGGAGAUUGACCGCUUCGUGCAGGCGGGCUCCAUCCGUAAUUCCGAGCAGGCGCUGAAGCUGGCGCGGCUGUUGCUGCGCGUGGAGGAAGACACGGACCGCGCCAUUCUGCUGCGCGUCAUCCAGAACUCGGAGAAGAAUCCCGAUGCGCUCAAGGCCUUCCUGCGCUGCCAGGGCCUCACCAUCCUGGCCGACGCCAUGUACUCCUGCCGCCACUCGCCCGCCGAUGUCAAACAAGAGAUCCUGCAGACCCUGUCCAUCCUACCCAUCGUAACGAAGAACGGCCUGAUCGACUCGAAGAUCUGGGAGACGCUGGAGCGGUGGGCCGGGCGGGAUGUCAGCGUGCCCAAGGACCCGGCGGCGGCCUCCAUGGUGCAGGCGCUCAGUAAGGAGCUGCCGGCACGCGAGGCGCCCCCACCACCCCCCGAAACGCCGGCCACGCCCGUGGUCAAGAGCGAGAAGGAGCCGGUGCUGGUGCAGCAGCGUCCCUCGGUCAUCGUCGACAACGUGGACAAGGGCAAGGAGAACGUGGAGGCCGGGAAGGUGGCCGUGAAGGAGGAGGAGAAUGACGAGGAGGAAGCGGUGCCGGCGACGGUUAGGCCGGGGAGUAAGAGCAGCCCGGAGGAGGAUGAGAUGGUGAAGAAAGCUGCCGGGCAGCUGCUGGAUAAAUGGGAGACGCUCAAGAUGCUGUACAAAAUCCCCAAGAAGAUCCUGACCCCGGAGGAGCAAGCGGCGGCCAGCGCCGCCGAGGCCGCCAAGAAACAGCCACCCCCGCCCCUCCGCCCGCCCCCCGUCAACGGCUCCACCAUCCCCACCUUAUCCGGAUGGGGCCGGGUGCGGCAGCGCUCCCCCUCGCCCCCCGCCUUCACCGCCGCCAACAAACGCCCCAAAUUCUUCCCCAACAACCUGACACCCUUCCGCCGCUUCGACGCCCCCUACGAGCGGGAUCCGCGCGCCGCCUUCAUGGAGCGCCGCUUCCCCUUCCCGGUGCCGGCGGAUAUCGAGCGGCGCCGGCAGUUUAUGGGGCACGCCGCGGCGAUGUUGCCCUUUGGGGGCCUGCCGUUCCUGGAGGCCGCCGCCGCCUGGGCGGACGGCCGGGGGAUGAUGGUGGAGCCGCCCCCCGUGGUGGUGGACGCCGCGGCGCUGGCGCGAGCGAAAGCGGAGGAGGAGGCCAAGAAGGUGGCGCUGCAGCAGCAGAUCGGCAUGGAUCUGUCCAUGCGCUUGCAGAAUGCGCUGGUGCCGAGUAAGCAGGCGGUGAAUCUGUGCCUGUCGGACCAGAGCGUGCACGACAUCCGCCAGUUCAAACCGACGCCGGAGCAGGCGGAGGCCAUCGUCAGCAGUCUGCCGGCGGUGGGCUCGGAGUCGUGGCAGGAGAAGGCCGGCGAGAUCGCCGCGUGCAUGCAGAUGGAGCUAGUGCCCCAGGAGGCCCCGCCCCUCAAGCUGGUCACCGGCUGGACCGCCAACUUCGAUCUCACCCAGAUGACGCACCUCCCCAAGGACUGGGCGCCCGCCUACGACCGGAUUGGGCGGCUGUACUUCUACAACACCAUCACCGGGGUGUCACGGUGGGAAUUCCCCGUGGAGAACCUAACCUACUCCUCCAGCCUCCACCAGAUCCACACCCUAACCCUGCCCGCCGACCUGCGCGACUUCACCUUCCUCCCGGAGGCGGCCGUCGAUCUCAACGCCUGGACGCGCAGCAUCGAGGCCGCCGAGCGCGCCGCCGCCGCCGCCGGGCCCGCCCCCCUGGCCCCGCCCCCGCCCCUCACCGCCAGCCUCCCCCCGGACCUGCUGGGCACGCGGCGGCACGCUCGCGCCACGGCCAAGAAGCGCAAAAUCGAUUUCCAGAACGACGUCUGCCAGUUUAUCUUACUUGUAUUAAAUCACUACCGGGCGCCCCAAUGCACCCAGGGCCGCAUCGAAUCCAAGGAGGAUUUCAAAUUCCUGGCCAGGAAAUUUACCCAUAAUGUCGUGGAGCAGGAGAUGCAGCGGCACAAGUAUAAUCCCGAGGCGCUGCAGUUCUCGGCGAAGCAUAAACCGAAAAUCAAGGAGCAUAUUCGGAAGUAUAUGGCGCGGUUCGGACGGAGCUACCGCCGUGAGGGGGCGGUGCACGGGGUGGUGGCGGAUGCGGUGGGUUGAGUAGAGGAUGAUUUUCUGUACAGGA